UAAAAAAAAAAGUUACAAAACCUUAAAAAAUUGACAAGGGUUUUCAAUUUUCACUUUCGAAAUCCCACCAACAAAGUGCGAGACCGUCGAUGAAAAUCGAUUCUUGAAGCAGCAACAAUGGCGGCAGUUGAGGAAAGCAAAGGCGACGGACUGAAGAAAUUGGAAUAUCUCUCCCUCGUUUCAAAGGUAUGCUCCGAACUUGAAACUCAUGUCGGAGUCGGCGACAAAGUUCUCGCCGAAUUCAUCACUGACCUCGGCCAUAAGUGCGAGACAGUCGAUGAAUUCGAUGCCGAUUUGAAGAAAAACGGUGCUGAAAUGCCUGAUUACUUUGUUAAAACUUUGUUGACAAUUAUUCAUGCUAUUUUACCCCCGAAACCUAAAAACGAGGGUGGUGAUGGGAAUAAUGGUUCCAAUUUUGCCGGGUUGUCGAUUGCUGAUGGGAAAGCUAGGGUUAAGGAGUUGGAGAGAGAGAUUGCGGCGGAGGCAGAGGAACGGCGGAGGAAGGAGGAGAAAAACGGGGGCGAUGAGGGUGGUCCGAGUCGGGAUCGCCGCGGUAAGGAUAGAGACAGGGAUAGGGGUAGGGAUAGGGAUAGAGAGGGCGGCAGGGAUAGGCAUAGGGAUAGAGAGGGUGGGAGGGAUGGGGAUAGGCAUAGGGAUAGAGAGGGUGGUAGGGAUGGGGAUAGGGAUAGAGAGGGAGAUGCAGGUAGAAGAGGAAGGUAUGAUAACUCUGAUAGGUAUAGAGAAAGAGAUGAUGAUCGGUAUGAUGACCGAAGAGUGAAGGAAGAUCGUGUGGUGGAGGAUCGACGAAGGAGGGAUAGGUAUGAAGAUGGUGAUGAUGUUGAGGAGGAGGUUAGAAGGGGAGGUGAUAAUUACCAGAAGAGGAAUGAGAAGCAGCAGCAAUCUGAUGAAAUUGAGUUGUUGACUAGGGUUUACAAGGGAAAAGUUUCGAAAGUUAUGUCGAUGGGUUGUUUUGUUCAAUUACAAGAUUUUAGGGGAAAGGAAGGGUUGGUUCAUGUUUCUGAGAUUGCAAAUAGGCGAAUUGCGGAUCCUAAAGAUGUUGUGAAGAGGGGUCAAGAUGUUUAUGUGAAGGUGAUAUCAGUAUCGGGGCAGAAGUUGAGUUUCUCAAUGAAGGAUGUGGAUCAAGAUAGUGGAAAGGAUUUGCUCCCAUUGAAGAAGAAGAAAAGUUCACAGGAUGAUACUACUUUAAGGGUAAAUCCGAGUAGUGGUGGUAUUGGAACAACCACUAGGAUUGGUUUUUCGGGGAUUCCAAUAGUGGAGGAGACUGUGUCUAGUUCUUCACGUCGCCCAUUGAAGCGUAUGAGUUCGCCAGAAAAGUGGGAGACGAAGCAGCUGAUUGCGUCAGGGGUUCUUAGUGUGAAGGAGUUUCCCAGCUUUGAUGAUGAAGGUGAUGGGAUGCUUUAUCAAGAAGAAGGUGCAGAGGAAGAGCUUGAGGUAGAAUUAAAUGAAGAUGAACCUGCUUUUCUACAGGGGCAGACACGAUACUCUGCUGACAUGUCACCUGUUAAGAUCUUUAAGAAUCCAGAGGGCUCCUUGAGUCGUGCAGCCGCUCUCCAGUCUGCUCUUAUAAAGGAAAGAAGAGAAGUUCGAGAGCAACAACAGAGGACAAUGCUUGAUUCGAUUCCAAAGGAUCUUAAUCGUCCUUGGGAAGAUCCAAUGCCGGAGACUGGGGAGAGACAUCUUGCACAGGAAUUGAGAGGUGUUGGCUUAUCAGCAUAUGACAUGCCAGAAUGGAAGAAGGAAGCUAUUGGUAAGACUGUUGGAUUUGGUCAGAAAUCUAAGCUGUCAAUCCAGGAGCAAAGGAAGAGUUUGCCCAUCUACAAAUUAAAGAAGGAGCUGAUUCAGGCUGUGCAUGAUAAUCAGGUUCUGGUUGUGAUUGGUGAGACUGGAUCUGGAAAAACAACCCAAGUAACUCAGUAUCUUGCAGAGGCAGGUUACACCACUAAAGGAAAAAUUGGGUGUACCCAGCCUCGUAGAGUGGCUGCAAUGUCUGUGGCCAAGAGGGUUGCUGAGGAAUUCGGUUGUCGAUUAGGGGAGGAAGUUGGAUAUGCUAUCCGUUUUGAAGAUUGUACUGGUCCUGAUACUGUGAUUAAAUAUAUGACAGAUGGUAUGCUUCUUAGGGAGAUUCUGAUUGAUGAGAAUCUUAGUCAAUAUUCAGUUGUCAUGCUUGAUGAAGCACACGAGAGAACAAUACAUACAGAUGUCCUUUUUGGGUUGCUGAAACAGCUCAUUAAUCGGAGGCCCGAUCUUCGUUUGAUUGUCACUUCUGCUACACUGGAUGCGGAGAAAUUUUCGGGGUAUUUCUUUAACUGUAAUAUCUUCACGAUUCCUGGCAGAACCUUUCCUGUGGAGAUAUUGUAUACCAAGCAACCUGAGACUGAUUACUUAGAUGCUGCUUUAAUCACGGUGCUACAGAUUCACUUGACAGAACCGGAAGGUGAUGUUCUCCUUUUCUUGACUGGACAGGAGGAAAUUGAUUUCGCGUGCCAGUGUCUCUUUGAUAGAAUGAAAGCCCUUGGCAAAAAUGUUCCUGAACUGAUAAUUCUCCCAGUUUACAGUGCCCUUCCUAGUGAAAUGCAAUCUAGGAUCUUUGACCCUGCUCCUCCUGGAAAGAGAAAAGUAGUUGUGGCUACGAAUAUUGCUGAAGCUUCUUUGACCAUUGAUGGUAUAUUUUAUGUGAUUGACCCUGGAUUUGCAAAGCAAAAUGUGUAUAAUCCAAAACAAGGGCUUGAUUCUCUAAUUAUAACCCCAAUUUCACAAGCAUCAGCCAAGCAGCGAGCAGGUCGUGCUGGGCGUACUGGGCCUGGAAAAUGCUACCGUCUUUAUACAGAGAGCGCAUAUCGGAAUGAAAUGUCUCCCACCUCAAUUCCGGAGAUUCAGAGAAUUAAUCUUGGGAUGACUACAUUGACUAUGAAAGCUAUGGGAAUUAAUGAUCUGCUGUGCUUUGAUUUUAUGGAUCCACCUUCUCCGCAAGCUCUGAUUUCUGCCAUGGAGCAACUGUAUAGUCUGGGAGCUUUGGAUGAGGAGGGCCUUCUGACCAAAUUGGGUAGGAAGAUGGCAGAGUUCCCCAUGGAACCACCAUUGUCUAAGAUGCUUUUGGCCAGUGUGGACCUUGGGUGCAGUGAUGAGAUUUUGACUAUAAUUGCAAUGAUUACAACUGGCAAUGUAUUCUACAGACCUAGGGAGAAACAAGCACAGGCAGAUCAGAAGAGGGCUAAGUUUUUCCAGCCCGAGGGUGAUCAUUUGACGCUGCUUGCUGUCUAUGAGGCCUGGAAAGCUAAAAACUUUUCUGGACCAUGGUGCUUUGAAAAUUUUAUCCAGUCUCGUUCUUUGCGGAGGGCACAAGACGUCAGGAAACAACUUCUCAGUAUUAUGGACAAGUAUAAAUUGGAUGUUGUGAGUGCUGGGAAGAACUUCACCAAAAUAAGGAAAGCAAUAGCUGCUGGAUUUUUCUUUCAUGCAGCCAGGAAAGAUCCGCAAGAAGGUUAUAGAACCCUGGUUGAAAAUCAGCCUGUUUACAUCCACCCUAGCAGUGCAUUAUUUCAGAGACAACCAGAUUGGGUGAUUUACCAUGAAUUGGUUAUGACCACAAAAGAGUAUAUGAGAGAGGUGACUGUUGUAGAUCCAAAGUGGCUUGUUGAAUUGGCUCCUAGAUUCUUCAAAGUGUCAGAUCCCACAAAAAUGAGCAAGCGGAAGCGGCAAGAACGUAUUGAGCCACUUUAUGACAGAUAUCAUGAGCCUAACUCUUGGCGUUUGAGCAAAAGACGUGCUUAAUUUUCUCUUCGGUUUUCAUUACAGGUCUCCUCAACAUCCCCUUUGAAUGUAUGUUUUAAUGUUUCCUCAUGUAACUACGACAUCUACUUUACUUUUUUUUUCCCCGUAGAUGCAUAUUCCUCUUUGUAAAAGUAUGGAGUUUCCAUUUCCUCUAUUGAAAUUUGAAAUCAGAAGUUUUUAUCUCUUGA